AGCAUUGAUCAGAGCUUUAAACUAAUACAUCAUUAUUAUAACAAAGUUAGACAUGAGAAUGGAUAUGAAAUGACAGCAAAUGCUUAUUGAAAAAGUUUGAGAAAGACAUCUGAACUAUAAUAAAAAUAUAUUAACACGUAAUCGUUAGGGAAAGUGGGCGAGAAAAAAGUGCGCUAGGUGCAGUACCAUUGAAUACCAAGCGUGAACUUCACUUUUAAAUACCAUUCAAUGGCAUUCACAAUAUUGUCCUCAACAUUAAUAAAACAAUAACUAAUAAAAAGCACACAUUCUUUGGAUAUUAUUUGAUAUUCUGGUUGAAAGUUACGUAAAAAUAACAAAAAACAAGUCAUUAAUCGAUAGCAUCAAUAAGUGGCUGUAUUGGAUGGUGAAGGUCGGCGACGGCUUAUAUAUUACUUUCCAUUCACUAAACAAGUUAUGUUAAUGUAAUACGAGAUCACCUCUGGCUCUGAAACUCGCAUUGAAGGCACACAUCGAGAGUGAAAUUUGAAGUUUGAAUCCGAGAUCGAGAGUCAAUAUUACAGCCGACGUGAAAGUCGAGUGACAAUCGCUAGUGAAGUGCAACUAAAAUGAUGCAAACAUUUAUGGCUUAAGUUUUGGUUUUUAAUAUUUCUCUUAUCAAAUUAUAUUGUAUAACAACGUGAUAGAAAACCAAUUAUCGGUAAUCGUGUGAUAAGCGGCGACAAAACACAAUGUCUUCGGCAGAUAGGGAUCAGUCGACAAAACUACUGAAUGGAGCGAAUGGUAGUCUCCAAGAAGUCAAAGUGAUUGAGCGGUCGAUGAAUGCAUUGACCAAUAAUAACGAUACGAUUAUCACCACCAAGACAAAGGGGUUUGAAUUGAUCUGGAACAAACUAUCGUAUAGCGUAAAGACAUAUUCGCAUAGUUUGAAGUUUUGGCACAAAAAAGAGACUCAUUUACUCCGAGAUCUGAGCGGUUCCAUAAAGAGCGGUCACUUGACGGCCAUCAUCGGUCCGUCGGGCGCCGGGAAGACCACUCUCAUCGAGUGUUUGGCCGGUCGGCGACGGAUCGGUGUCACCGGCGAUAUCAUAGUAAACGGCGUCAACAAAAAGGUGAAAUUGGCGUACAAUUCGCAGAGCGAGGCACUCAUACCGCACCUGACCGUCGAGGAGACACUACUGUUCGCAUCCAAAUUGAAGAACUUUCAGAUGAAUAACUUAGUGAAAGUGAGACUCAUUGACGACAACGAGAAUGUCUACAACGCGACCACUUUUAUGGAGGAAAAUAUUUUGAUAAAACUUCCCGACAGUACAUACCAUCACAAUCUGGUCCGCACUCUCAUCACAAACCUGGGCCUCGAGUGUUGCGCUAACGUAAGGGUCGGGAACUGCAGUGGUGGACAGCAGAAGCGUUUGUCAAUAGCGCUUGAAUUGGUAUCUUCGCCGUCGAUCCUAAUGCUAGACGAGCCCACCUCUGGUCUCGAUUCGGUCUCAUGUCUGCAAUGCGUGACUCUAUUGCGGAAACUGUCGCGAAAUGAGGACCCGAUAGCGAUCGCCGCGUCUAUACAUCAGCCGACGGCUCGCAUACUAUCGUGUUUUGAUUACUUAUACGUGUUGUCAUUAGAGGGUCACUGCAUAUACAACGGGCCCUCCACUCAACUCUUGCAAUACCUGAACCGCUUUGACCUGACGUGUCCUCAAUACCACAAUCCGGCCGAUUAUAUCACGGAAAUAGCAUCGGGUGAUCACGGCGUCGAUGUGAUCGCCUUAUUAGCCGACGAACAGAAAAAGGCCACAAGUGAUGACCUGUUGGUCGAGUCGAGCGUUAAGAUCACCAAAAUUGGUCGCAAAUCACGCAAACAAAAGAAGAGUCGGGAACUGUUGAAGACGUGGAUUCUGUUCAAGAGAUCUCUGUUGAUAUCAGUGAGAGAUCCGACGGAUUACAUGAUGAGAGCGACCACAACCGCCGGCAUAUUAGUGUUGAUAUCGUUGAUGUAUUAUAACGCCAAUAUCGGCGCCAUUGACGGCUGCGGCAAACAGAAUCCGGCAGAAGUGUUGAAUCUGAUCCAGAAUGUGGACCAAGUGCUGUCGGCCGACCCCAAGAAGUCGACCAUGCUCAACUUUGGCUUCAUAUUCUUCUCGCUCAUAUUCGUGGGCUUCACGAGUCUUAUGCCCACAAUAUUGACGUUUCCGUUGGAAGUGUCUGUUUUUGUCAAAGAGUAUUUCAACGGCUGGUAUUCCGUGGGCUCGUAUUUCAUGGCCAAAAAUAUGGUCAAUUUGUUGCCGAAUUUGGUAUUUCCCAUCAUUUUCGGCGUCGCUUCGUACUUAAUAACGGCACAGAUAUUUGUGCUCUGGAGGUACGCCUACUUUUGUCUCGUUAUACUUAUCAUGGCUUUGAUGGCCGACAGCAUUGGCUUCAUAAUUAGCGCCAUAUUCUCCAAUAACGUGAACGCGGCCACAAUCGCCGGCGCCGUCUCACAGAUACCGCUCAUCCUCUUCACCGGCCUUUUAGUCCGAAUCCAAAGUUUACCCGAUUUUAUCCGACCCUUCACUUACUUAUCGUACUAUAGACUAGGCUUCGAGACACUCAUACUUACCAUCUAUGGCUUCGGCCGAUGCGAACCCGUCAAAGAGAUCAAAUUGAGUGAUCUUAAGCAGACCUUUGGUCCGGACAUUAUCCCAGUCAUGGGUUGUAUCAAUGAAUACGGAAUUCUCGAUAACAUAACCCAUAAGUUUGAGAAGUUUUCCGACGAUUUCUAUAAAACUAAUCCAUCGCUAGUUUUGCAGGGCUUUGGUAUAACCGAAGAUGAUUUUUACAUCGAUUUAGCCGUUAUGUUAGCGUAUGUGCUAAUAGUCCGGAUAUUAGCCUAUAUGGCCCUAUCAUACCGGGCCAACUCAAAAAAGUGAUCAUCAUUAUCUCACUAAUUAAAUUAAUGCAUUGCUUAUGCAAUGCAAUCGUAUUGUGAUUUAUAUUACUGGUGUUAAUACUGAAAAUAAUUGCAAACCAUUUUUUAAUGAC